AUGGAACUGGGGGAUCAGCCUGCGGCUAAUGUCACGGGUCAACUGGCUGCACUCGCUGCACCAACUUUGCCUAGUAACAUAAGCGCAGCACUUACGCCUGACAAAUUCGAUGGCACGAAUUUCAAGCAGUGGCAACAGAAGAUGCACUUCUUCCUUACCACGCUGAAUCUGGCAAAGUAUCUUGUUGAGACAAAGCCUGAGGUGCCUGCUACUCAAGAGGCAAACCCAGAUCCACGAGUUCAUAUGACUCUGGAGAACUGGGAGCAAGGAGAUUUCCUGUGCAGAGGUUACAUUCAAAGUCGCCUAGUGGAUCAACUGUUCAAUGUGUACAGUGAGGUCAAAACAUCCAAGGAGCUGUGGGAAGCCCUGGAUAAGAAGUACAAGACGUUCAAUGUGGGCUCAGGAAAAUUUGCUGCUGCAAAAUUUCUCAACUUCGUAAUGGUGGACUCAAAACCCAUCAUGGACCAAGUGCAUGACCUGCAGAUGAUACUCCAAGAGAUAUCAGAUGAAGGAAUGAAGAUCUGUGAGACUUUCACAGUGAAUUGCUUCAUUGAGAAGCUUACCCCCUGGAUGGGCAGACUUCAAGAACUAUCUUGCAUUCAAGCAGAAGGCUUUGACUUUGGCCAACUUGUUUCUAGGCUGCAGAAUGAGUCACUGAAGCGUGAAAAGCUGAAACAGUUCAGACUCAUGAUGCGAAUGUGGCUGAAUUUCGCAACAAACCAAAAGGCAGGCCCAAGCCCCCAAUUCCCAAAGAAGAAAUCUGGAUUCUCAGGGAAGUGCAAUCACUGUGGCAAGGUUGGACAUCGCGGAGCCGAUUGUCGCAGCAAGGCCAAGGAGAAAAACCAAGCCAACUUGACAGAGGAUGACAUGGUGGCUGUUGUUACAGAAGCUAACAUGGUUGAAGAGAAUCCGAUGCUAUGGUGGUAUGACACUGGUGCUACCACACAUAUCUGCAUUGACAGACAGAUGUUCAGCACUUACCAGAAAAGCAAGGAAGAUGCUCGUCUGCUGAUGGGAAAUGUGUCCCACUCCAAGAUUGAAGGCACUGGAAAGGUGGUCCUGAAGAUGACAUCUGGAAGAGAGCUCACACUCAACAAUGUGAAGCAUGUUCCAGACAUGAGGAAGAAUCUGAUUUCUGGCACUCUGAUGAGCAAGCAUGGAUUUGCCAUCAACUUCGAGUCUGACCAGCUGAUUCUCAGGAAGACAUGGUGUUUUUAUAGGAAAAGGUUUUGUUAA